AUCAAAUACAUCAAAUGCAUCCCCAAAAAAGCCAUCAUCCACAGCUCUAUAUAGAGCAACACAGCCGUGAAAUUUAUGAAGAAGCUACCUUAAUUGUUCCAAACUGGUACUAGGGAUUUUCGCAUUUAUGCUUUGUAGGAGGACGAGGAAACGCGUGUUAAUACGCCACGGCAGCGUUUGGACUGGACCAAGUUGCUGCAUCAUUCCUCACCAUCCCACUCAACAUCUAUGAGCUCGUAUGCGAGGUUGAAAAACGAAGAAAGAAAAAUACCAUGGAAAACUUCCUUCGAGAAUGGAGGCAAGACGCCUUAAAUAAAGCACAGUACGAGUCUGCCAUUUUCAUUGGAGACAAACUCUUAGCCUUGACCAAUGACGACAAUGACGCGUUUUGGCUGGCCCAAGUUCACUUCGCUACUGGAAACUAUACCAGAGCCCAGACCUUCCUGUCGAAACAGGAUCUCAUUUCACGGAAUCCAUCCUGUCGAUAUCUGGCUGCCCACUGCUUCAUCAAGCAAUCCCGCUUUGACGAAGCCCUUACAGUGCUUGGUGAGCGAAAUCCCACACAUUUAAUUUCUAAUCCUGCCCAUAAGCGCAAAACACAGCACAUAGGUACACGUGCUGCCUCCCAUCAUGGAAGAGGCGCCGCCAAAACCCACGAGAGGAGAGAUGGACUCUCUGAGGAAGAAGCCGCCAACAAGCGCUUCGAGGCCGCCAUGUGCUUCCUACGAGGCAUUUGCUAUGCUAAGCAGAAUGCUUUCGACCGGGCAAAGGAGUGCUAUAAAGAUGCUGUCCGCAUCGAUGUUCAAUGCUUCGAGGCCUUUCAACAGUUAAUGAAGAACUCACUUAUGUCUCCCGAUGAGGAGUGGCAAUUUUUGGAGUCUCUAGAUUUUGACGCUAUCAACGUUUCCGGAGACUCAUCCACCUCGCAAGAAGCUGCUGAGUUUACGAAGAUGCUCUACACCACCAGACUCUCCAAGUAUCGGAACCCCGCGUCCUUUACAACUGCUUGCGAGACCCUAUCAACACAUUACAACCUCGCUUCAAACCCCGACUUGCUACUCGCCAGAGCAGAUUUAUUAUAUACACAAUGCAGAUAUAAGGAUGCGCUAGCCAUCACCGAUUCUGUACUUCGAGAAGACAAAUAUAACUUCAGCAUAUACCCUUUACACCUGGCCUGCCUGUACGAACUCAGGAUGAAAAACGUGCUCUUCCUAAUCUCUCACGAUCUUGCCGAUACGCAUCCGGAGGAGCCCUGCACGUGGCUCGCCGUGGGUAUCUACUACUUCGCAAUCGACAAGAUCGCCGAAGCUAGACGCUACUUUAGUAAAGCUAGCAUGAUGGAUCCGCACUUCGGGCCAGCCUGGAUCGGAUUUGCGCACACGUUCGCGGCCGAGGGCGAGCACGACCAGGCCAUCUCCGCGUACUCAACGGCCGCGCGGCUGUUCAUGGGCACUCACCUGCCGCAGGUCUUCCUGGGGAUGCAGAACCACGCGCUUAACAACAUGACCCUGGCCGACGAGUUCCUCAAGACCGCGUACGGCCUCUGCAAGACCGACCCUCUGCUGCUCAACGAGAUGGGCGUCGUCUACUACCACCAGGACCGCCCCCAGGACGCCGCCACGCUCUUCUUGAAGGCCCUCGAGGUCGCGGAGGAUAUCGACUCGGAACCCAACGCCUGGAUCUCGGCGCGCACCAACUUGGCGCAUGCAUACCGCCGCGCCAAGCGCUACGACGAGGCGCUGGAUCAGUUCGACGAGGUCCUGAGGCAGGGUGGGAAGGACGCGUCCAUCUUCGCGUCCAAGGGCCUAAUAUACAUGGAGCAGGGAGGCAAGUUCGACUUGGCCGUCGAAGUGCUACACCAGGCUCUCGCUAUUCACCCGCAAGAUCCCAUCGCGACGGAAUUAUUAAACAAGGCGCUGGACGAGACGGCUAGUUUGUUACCUUGACAUCGUAUGUACCUAGGUAAUGGCGUGAUGUGAGGCGAGGCGAGGCUGGCCUAGUCUAGCCAGCUUAUGAGCAACGACGAGUAAUACUUACUACCAUAUACUACCAUUAGGUCUAGGUAUCUUCGUAGCCUACGAAGAAUGUCUCAGAUGAGAAUGACUACUGCUCUGCUGUCUUA